CGUAGUAAUGGACGAAUGGUUGACAAUAUAUCCGGCGAAAACGCCAGUCGCUGAAAAGGAAACCCAAAAUGAAGGAUCUGCUGCAGACAAAAAUGACAAUGGAAGAAAAAAUUAUGAAAAUUCUUUAACAAGUUUAAUGAGUGAGAAAAUAUGAUUCUGACUAUUUAAAAUUUCGGAUUCACGUGGAGUAGUUACAAAGGAGUUCCCCGUCCGCAGUGUGUGAUUUGUGGUGAAAUUCUCGCAAAUGAAAGUAUGAAAUCAAACAAAUGACUUUGACAUAUUGAGACAAAGAGAGUAAUGCUGGCAACGCUAAAAAACAAGACCGCAAGAGUGGCUGUGAAAGUCAUCAAGAAAAGGCCAAUGAAGGCACAUAGGAUUGUUGAAGAGAGGAAUGUCCUGAAGGCGGCAGGUGAAUGCCCCUUCCUCUGCCCUGGAUUAGCUGCCUUUCAGACACCGGCCCACGCGUUCUUCGUUAUGCCACAUGUGAGUGGAGGCAACCUGAGCGAUAUCCUCAAGAAGGAACACUGCCUCGAUCGCCACAAAGUAAAAUUUAUGUCAGCAGAAAUGGUCUGUGGCAUCCAAUUUCUCCACAGACAUGGCAUUAUUCAUCGAGACCUUAAGCCAGAUAAUAUAUUGUUUGAGAGAAAUGGCCAUGUUAAGAUUGCCGAUUUUGGAGUGGUGGCAACAGAUAUAUUUUCAGGAGACACUACCACGGGUGUGAUUGGGUCUAGGAUCUACAUGGCCCCAGAGGUGAUUUUAAUCCAGGCGUACGGCCCUGCAGCUGACUGGUGGUCCUUCGGCUCGAUUAAUUAUGAGAUGCUGAGUGGAAGGCACCCAUUUUUCACCGGUCAGGAAAUAGAACUUUACAAUGCCUGUGUGACGACCGUGGAACCCCGUUACCCAUGCUCAUUUGCAGGAGUAACACAUGACUUCCUAUCUAAGCUCCUCACGAAAGACCCAAAAUUGCGCCUUGGGGUAAAUGGUGACAUCAGGGGUCAUCCAUUUUACAGCGGGAUAGAUUGGAAGAACUUGGAGGCCAAAAAAAUUCCUCCUCCAUACCAGCCACGAGUGCCUUAUGGCGACCUAUCAUCUGAGUGCCAGGAGGAGUCCCUCUCAUUUCUGAAUGAUAGUAACACAUCAGAAUACACCGAGAACAUCCCUGGCUUAUCUUUCACCAGCCACAAAUGGAGGGACUAAGCUAUCGAAACAGAAUGACGAUAUCUCCUGCUGUAUUCCAUCAGAGUAUCUUCUCCAAUGCAUUAAAAAGAUCUUCUGCUUGGCCUUGCUGUUAGCCAGACCAGCAGAUGUCAUGACAUCAAAAACCCAGAAAUUUAUGAACGGGGUCACAUUGGCUGCCAAACCGGACAUAGAGACAAAAUAGUUAGGCACAGGCACACACACAUGAUAGAUGUGACCUACAUGAUCAAAGAAAAUUAUCAAACUCACUGCAAUAAUGAGAAGUCCUGUGAGAAAGUAUGGGCUCCAUGGGCGGACUUGGGCCGAAAUACCCGCAAUAGAACCACACGUAAUUGAGUGGCUGAGGUUGUUUACGUGUUUCUGUUACAUUUUUUUCUAUUGAACAAAAAAGGCAGUCAAGUGGGGCCUACCUUGUGGGAGAGAUAUAUAGAUUGCAUUGUCACGGGUUAUCAUGCUAUAUCUGUUAAUGGUGUUUUAUAUAAAAACAUGGUCGCAACCAUUUGUGAAAUGGAAACAUGUUAAUGCUUCUGUUUGCUCCUGUACCCCCGAAAACCCCUGUAUAUCAUGUAAGCUUGUACUGUUAUUUCUGUUUCAAAAUAAAGAUCUCCUGAUGUAGUCUA